UUCCGGCGUCUGUUCUACGACAGCGGCUCAGUUUGAGGCACACGUGUGUACAGUCCGGACCUGUCGGCGGUGUUUACUGCAUCAUGGCGAAAGUUUCCAAGAAGAAAGUGAGUAAAAAGAGUAAAAAGAGCGUGAAGAAGAGUUCAGAGGCGGCAGAGGAGACGCCGCACGUGCCUUACGAUGAUGACGAUGAUGAUGAUGAUGUUGACGAAGAGGGUUUAAACGGAGCCGGAGAUGCAAACAUCAACAGUGAGGAAGAAGAAGAGGAGGAUGAGCGGAGGCGACACAAGCUGCUGGAGGCCAUCAGCGCCCUGGGGGGUCAGAGGAAGAGGCCGCUGGGGGAGAGGUCCGAGGCGGCCGUGCAGAUGUCCGAGUUCACGGUGAGCGCGGAGGGGGGCGGCGGGGGGGUCGAGCUGUCCGACCUGAUCGGCAGCUUGGACCAGACCCCCGCGGUCCCCAACAAGACCAAGAAGCAGCUGAGGAACCUGCAGCGCGGCAAAGCCCUGGAGAGCCCCCUCAGCAGGCAGCAGAGCGAGCGGAUCCAGAGAGAUGUGGCCUUUCAGAAGGCGUCCGGAGAGGUGACCCGCUGGAAGAGCGUGAUCCAGCAGAACCAGAGGGCCGAGCAGCUGGUGUUCCCCCUGCACCAGGAGGCCCCGGGGCCCAAAACCAUGGAGAAGGUGGUGACCGGCUGGAAGGCGCGCACGCCGCUCGAGCAGGAAAUCUUCGCGCUCCUGUCCGCCAACAAGCAGCCCGUCAACAACCCUGUCCUGACCCCGGCUGAGGAGGCGUCCCUGCGGGCGAUGAGCCUGGAGGACGCCAAGAUCCGCCGCGCCGAGCUGCAGAAAGCCCGAGCCCUGCAGUCCUACUACGAGGCCAAGGCCCGCCGGGAGAGGAAGAUCAAGAGCAAGAAGUACCACAGAGUGCAGAACAAGGCCAAGCGCAAAGAGUUCCUCAAGCAGUUCGACGACAUGGUGAAGACGGAUCCCGCCGCCGCCCUGGAGGAGCUGAACAAGAUGGAGCUGGCCCGCAUGCAGGAGAGGAUGUCGCUGAAGCACCAGAACAGCGGCAAGUGGGCCAAGUCGAAGGCCAUCAUGGCCAAAUACGACGAGGGCGCUCGCAAAGCCAUGCAGCAGCAGCUGGAGGUGAACAAAGAGCUGACGCAGAAGCUGGUGACGUCGCUGAGUGAUGAGGGAAAGGAGGAAGAGGAGGUGGCGGAGGAGGAGGCGGAGGUGCUGCCUGACUUUGUGAACGAUGCAGAAGGAGGACCGGACUCCUCAAACCCCUGGAUGAGAGGGAAGCUGACUGAGGAGCCUGAGGAGAAAGAGAAGAACGACACUGUGGAGGUUACAGCAGCAGCAGAGGAAGAGGAGGAGGAGGAGGAGGAGGAGGGGGGGGUUGUGGAAACAGAAGAGGAGGCGCUCCUCAGAGAGUUUGACAGCAGGAGGAAACAGCGUCAGGCUCAGGAGGAGGCUGCUGAUGAGGAGGAGGAGGAAGAGGAGGAGGUGGAGGAGAUGAAAGACGGAGAGGAAGAGGAGCUGUCAGAGUUCACAAACCUGUACAAAGAGAUCACAGACGGCCGGCGGGACGCUGAAGCUGAGCAGGCCGAGGCGACGCCAGACGCCUCCUCUCGGCUGGAGGAGGGUCUGGUGAGGAUCAGGACUCUGGAGGACGUGGAUCUCCUCAGUCAGGAGGCUGAUGAAGCACCGGCGGAGCCUCAGCAGCCCCCGGCGCCACCGAGCCCGCCGCCUGUAGCCGAGAAGGUCGGCAAAAACAAGAAACGCAAGAGAGGGAUCGAGCUGGAGGAAGUUCUCACCAAGGAGACGAAAGUCAUCCAGGUCCCGCUGGCUCCGACCAUCGACGACCCGGAGGAUCAGGAGGAGAAGCUGGACCAGAGGGGGCUCAUCAAGGAGGCGUUCGCCGGGGACGACGUCGUCUCAGACUUCCUGAAGGACAAACGUCAGCAGGAGGACGCCGGGAAGCCGAAGGUGGUGGACCUGACGCUGCCCGGGUGGGGCGAGUGGGGCGGGACGGGGCUGAAACCGUCCCGCAGCAAACGCAGGAGGUUCAGGGUCAAGACGGCGCCGCCUCCCGCCAGGAAGGACCGCAGUCUGCCCAGCGUCAUCAUCUCGGAGAAGAGGAACAGCUCCAUCAGCCUCCAUCAGGUCAACUCGCUGCCGGUUCCCUUCCAGAACCACUCGCAGUUCGAAGGAACCAUCCGCUGUCCGCUGGGACGCACCUGGAACACCGAACGCACCGUCAAGAAGAUCACCAAACCGCGGGUGGUGACCCGGAUGGGCGCCAUCAUCGAGCCCAUGGCCCGGGAGGAGCUGAUGAAGGGCAAGAAACGGGCGUCAGCUGGGAGCAACAGUGGUGUGAACUGGAAAAGAGAACAUUACUGAAAGAAUCCCAGUUUCUCCACUACUCAUCUACUCAGUAACAUUAAAUAUUUAUAUCUGAUCUCUUUACUGGCUUCAUCUUCUCACAAUAGUUCAGCGUUUUCGGAGCUGAAAUGAUGUUUGACAGAUUCUACAAGUCGUAGUUUUUCUGGAACUUUUCAUACUGUGUGUUUGAAAUGUUUGAUAUUGAAAUUAUAGCUGCAAAUAACGAUUAAUACUGACAAUUAUUGUCUCGGAUUGAUUGUUCAGUCACAAUGUCUCAAUGUGUCCAAACAUCCGUCUAGAACCUGAAGAUGAAGAAAAGCAGCAAAUCAUCACGUCAGACGCUGAAAUCAGAGAAUAUUUGGACUUUCUGCUUGAAAAAUGACAAACGACUGUUUAUUAAUUAAUGUUCAGUCAGUUGAUUCAUGGUCGCAGCUCUGAUUGAAAUACGUUAAAUCAAACCUGUAAGAUCAACUAGUGGUUAAAUAUGUUGAGUUAUUAUCAGCUGAUGCAGUUUAAUGAUGGUUUUUCUACAUGACAUCACAGUUUACUACAUACUUUAAGAUCUGAAGAGUCGUCAGUGUUUUUUUUUGUCCUGAGGAAGAAAAAUCUACAAAUUAAAAGUGUAAUUUGUGCUUCAAAUGCAAA